AUCACCAAAACUUCACACCAGCAAUUCGAUCGAUAACCAAAUUAUUCCAAAACACCGUGAAUUUAAUUUGGCCAAUCAGCGAUUUAUCGAGUUUCAAACCCGCGCCAUCUUCAUUUUUGAACAAAGCCGAGUUGAGACUAGAACACAUAAGCGUCCAGUGCAUAACAAUUUGUGAAAAAGAAAAAGAAAAGACGAGAAGUGAAAAAUAUCGGGGACAAAUUGAUCGGAUAAAAUAACGGAGUUUAUCGUGCCAACGAUGAGUACCAAGGAAAACAACGAGGUUGCCGUUGAGAAGGCGACGGAAAACGACAAGGCGUCCGGGGACGCGAAGUGCGAACUCAAAGGGAUCAAGAGGGCGGCUGAGGACAAAGCUGACGACGUGAAAAAACAGAAGAAGGAGGAGAACGGGGAUGGUGAUGUUGAAGAGGAGGAGAUUGACGAGGACGUUGAGGACGAAGAGGAGGAAGUAGACGGUGAUGAAGAGGAAGGUGACGACGAGGUUGAGGGUGAAGAGGACCUCGAUGACGGCGAAGAGGAAGAGGACGACGACGCCGAGGGUGAAGUGGAGGGUGAAGUAGAAGACGAAGAGGACGACGCAUAAUGAAAAAAUGAAAGAAAUAAACAAACUGGUGAAAAAAAAAACAAAAAAUAAAAAUGUUAAGUAAGUAAGAAGGGGAGGCAGAUGGCGCCAUCGUCGAAUUUCACCGACAAUCUUUUCACAAAAAGCGAAAACACUUACUCUCAUAUUGAGCGGUUGGUUAGCGAUUGAAAUAAUAAAAGCAGUAACGAUUUAUGAAGAACAAAAGGAAAUAAAUAAAGGAAAAAAUUGACGCCUUCGCCCAAGUCCUCCUAAUCAAUAGCUGAAACAAAUAUUAAUUACAAAAAUAAUGAAGGAGUUCAUGAUAAAAUACUAUGAUCCAACUCAUGCCAGAGUUGUAGCGGGCCGACACAAUUUUUUUGUGGUACACCUGCAGCAAUAUAACCCUUGGCUCAUUGCAAUUCUGGCACCCCUUCUAGCCAUCACCAAAUACUGUUUCUGAAAAAUCAUCGAUAUUGUGACGAGAAUUUUUUUUUUAAUAAAAAAAAUGACAAUUGAAGUCUCAACUGCUCCGAGAUGAUUAAUGAAGCGAAUUUCCUUAGAUACUCUUCAAAAUAUUCAAUGACAACCUGAUUAUGUCGGAGCCUUCCACCUUUAGAGAAAAAUGCACCUACACCUUAGCAUUACGUCGAAUAUCGCGGCGAUUAUAUAUAUGUAUACAUAUGUAUAUCGUUUUUUUUUUUAUUAUUAUUUUUUAACUCUUAAUUUUGUCAUCGGAGAAAUAAUCAUUUGUCAAACUCCUUGGUAUUUGUCGCCAUCUGGCUUUCUUCACGGAACAGUUUUAUAAUGACUAAAAAAAUGAAUAAAAACGAAAAAAAAAAACAAAAAAAACUUAUUUAAGAAAUGAUAAGGAAAAAGCUCUAUUGUAUUUAAAUAGUGUAAAAUGGACAUUUGUGGGAGUGAUGAUUUUUUUACAUUUUUGAAAUCAAAUUGCGUUUGUAGAUCGACGAAUGUCUCUCACAUAGUGCGCGUGACUGAGUUUUUAAUUUCAAGGGAUAAAAAAAAGAAAUAAUACACAAUGAGAUGAAUUAAUUUGAUGCAAAUUAAAAUGAAACUUAUGAAAACGACAAGCCGAUUUAAUUAAAUGUGUAAUAGAAGAAGAAAAAAGUGUCGUAGCAGAGGUGUGAGUCUGGCAGACCGAUUUUAAGUAAAAACAAAAAAUUAAUAUAGAAAUUGUAGUUUAAGGGUUGAAUGGACGAUUAACUGAAAUAGUGGUGCGUUAAUACGUAAUACAAAAGUGAAUAAUCAUGGAUCCCGAGGCACAGCACCGCUCAAUUGUUCGAUGUAUAGAUGAAUUAUGCAAAGACAAUUAUUCGUUUUUUUUUUCAAUAAUCGAAAACUUCAGUGACAGAUUGAUCAAUUUUAUUUCCUAUCCUGCCUUGCAUUAUUUAAUAACAUCUCGUUGCGAUUUGCAAUGUUCACCAGGUGUGUAUGACUACAUGUGUGACUUUAACCAUUGCAUAAUAAUUAUACAUAGCAUGUAUAAAGUUAUCAAAUAAGAAAUCAAUUUAUUAUUAACGAAGUAACGAUGUGAACUUAAAUUUGCGACAGAUUAAAGAACAAAUUGAAAUUAAUCAUGAAAAAUUGAAUUCUAGUUAAUGAGAAGGAAUUAAACUCUGGGUAAUUAGUAGGGAGACCCUACUGAAAUACAGUGCACGAUGUUUUGCCAACACAAAGCGUCUUUACCUCGGGAAUACGAAAAAUUCAUUCUCUUUCGAUUGUACAUUUUCAAUAAAAUUCGAAUGUUCAAACUAUAAGACAAUAUGCUGAACAAAUGGUCAUUUACGAA